AUGUCCAACACCCAUACUCCACGAGACUCCUCGGCCCAACUGCACCAUACAACCCCUCAACCACUCGCUGUCUCCGCAGCGGGACUGACGUUCACCCUUGACGAUGGACGGGUGAUCCUCGAUGCUAUCUCAGGAGGAGCAGCCGUGAAUUGUUUAGGUAAUGGUAACAAAGAGUUAGUCGAGGUGAUGACCGCACAAGCUGAGAAAAUGGCUUUUGCGUAUCAUCAGUCAUUAGGUAACCUGGAGAGUGAGAAGUUGGCGAAGCUCUUAACUGAUAGAAGUAAGGGAGUUUUGCAGGCUGCUGCAUUCCUCAAUUCUGGUUCAGAAGCGAUGGAAGCUGCAAUCAAACUCGCUAGAGAAUAUUGGGUCGAGAUGGAUCAACCAUUACGAAAUCAUAUUAUCAGUAGAUCGCCUUCUUAUCAUGGUAAUACCUUGGGUGUUCUAGGUAUCGGUAAUAUCCCCUCUCGACGAACAAUCUAUCAACCCUUCUUCUCCUCCAAUAUCCACCACGUCACCUCACCGCAAUACCUCCGACACCACCUCCCCAACGAGACCGAAGAAGAAUACUCCCAGCGUCUUGCAGACGAGUUGGAAAGUACCAUUCUCUCCCUUGAUCCGCGGUACGUCAUUGGCUUCGUAGCUGAGCCAGUCGUAGGAGCCGCUCUGGGUGUGAUGCCACCUCCUAAAGGUUAUUUCCCAGCAAUCAAGAGAGUAUUAAAUAAAUAUGGAUUGCUGUUAAUUCUAGACGAAGUCAUGUCCGGUUCAGGUAGAUCAGGCGAACUUUAUGCGUAUCAAGCUGUUGGAGAAGGAGUCAAACCUGAUAUAUUGGCGAUGGCAAAAGGGAUAGGCAGUGGUUAUGUACCGAUUUCAUCUGUCUUGACUGGACAGAGAGUGACGGAGAGAAUUAGGAAAUCUGGUGGAUGGAAGAAUUCUCAUACUUAUCAGAACCAUCCUAUAAACUGUGCAGUGGCGUUGAAAGUGUUGCAAAUCAUCGAAAGGGAUAACUUACUUACCAACGUCAAACAAAGAGGUGAACAACUCCUUGAUGAGCUGAAAGAUGCUACGAGGGAUAUCGAGAUCAUUUAUAAUGUUAGAGGUAAAGGAUUAUUCGUCGGAAUAGAUCUAGUAGGCUCAUCAUCCCUCAAACCCCGUCUUGCGCCGCGAAUCAAGACGAAAGCUUUCGAGAAUGGUUUAUUGGUGCUGGCGAUAAGCGGUACGAUUGAUGGCGUCGAAGGCGAAGUUAUUAUGCUUGGACCGGCCUAUACAGUCACCCAAGAGCAAAUUAGUGAGAUCGUGAAGCUGUUGGUCAAAAGCAUAAGAGAGGUUGUUGAGGAUCUAGACAAAGAGGGUUGA